GAAGCAGGAACACAAAAAGUCCUACACACAUCAAGAAGAAGCAACAUUAAGGUUGGAGAAUUUCAAGAGGAAUCUGAGAUAUAUAGUAGAGAAGAAUGCAAUGCAAAAUCAAAACUCUCCUGAGGGGCACCGACUUGGACUGAAUAGGUUUGCUGAUAUGAGCAAUGAAGAGUUCAAGAAUAAAUAUAUUUCAAAGGUGAAGCAGCCCUUGAACAAAAGACUCACCAGCAGUGUUAAGGACUAUUCAUGUGAGAAUACACCUUACUCCUUAGAUUGGAGGAAGAAGGGAGUUGUAACUAGUGUGAAGGAUCAAGGCGAUUGCGGUAGUUGCUGGGCAUUCUCCUCCACUGGGGCCAUAGAAGGGAUAAAUGCAAUAGUAACUGGGGACCUUAUAAGCCUUUCAGAACAAGAACUUGUUGAUUGUGACAAAACUAAUGAUGGAUGUGAGGGAGGGUACAUGGACUAUGCUUUUGAAUGGGUAAUGAACAAUGGUGGCAUAGAUACUGAAACUGAUUACCCAUACACUGGUGUAGAUAGUAGCUGCAAUAUUACCAAGGAGGAAAACAAAGUUGUUAGCAUUGAUGGAUACAAUGAUGUGGCAAAAUCAGAUAGUGCUCUUCUGUGUGCUACUGUGAAGCAACCUAUCGGUGCUGCUAUACAUGGCUCUUCAUUGGAUUUUCAAUUAUACACUGGUGGCAUCUAUGAUGGAGAUUGCUCAAGUAACCCAGAUGAUAUUGACCAUGCAAUAUUAAUAGUGGGAUAUGGAUCAGAGGGUGAUGAAGAUUACUGGAUAGUGAAGAAUUCAUGGGGAACAGGUUGGGGAAUGGAUGGAUAUAUUUACAUAAAAAGGAACAUUGAUUUGAAAUAUGGAGUUUGUGCAAUCAAUUACAUGGCCUCAUAUCCAACCAAAGAGUCCACUACUGCACCAUCACCACAGAGCCCUCCUUUUCCACCAUCAUCACCACCACCACCACCAACGCCUCCGCCUCCUCCUGCUCCUUCACCAAGUGAAUGUGGUGACUUGUCAUAUUGUCCGGGGGACGAGACAUGUUGUUGCCUCUUUGAGUUGUUUGAUUCCUGCCUUGUCUAUGGCUGCUGUGAAUAUGAGAAUGCUGUGUGCUGCAUUGGAACAGAGUAUUGCUGCCCAAGUGAUUACCCCAUUUGUGAUGUUGAAUAUGGACUCUGCCUCCAGAAUGCUGGAGAUUUGAUGGGAGUAGCUGCAAAGAAGAGAAAGAUGGGAAAACACAAGUUUCCAUGGACCAAGUUUGAACAGAAAACAAGAGACACACAUCACAGUCUUCAGUUAAGAAAGAACCCAUUUGCUGCAAUGCGUUGAAUCUGAGGAUUCUUGUAGUCUCAAGAUGCAGCAUGGAUUUUCUCUACCAUUAUCUAUUAUGUACUUGCAUUACACUUCUAGUGUAUUUUCUCUUCCUUUUUCUGCUUAGAAAGAAAUUUCUCUUUUUGUAAAUUAAUUGGAGGACUGAUGAUAACUUU